GGUUUGACUUCUGGUAACAGAUGCCUGAAGCUGUGAAAGUAAAACACAAACACACACGGCAGUGUGUCUGGGUUUUUGGCUCCAGGGCUUCCCUUGUGCCCCCACACAGAGAGGACCCCCAAGAGACCGACGCCAGCUGAGACUGAAAAACAAGGCCUAAGUCCGAUGAUGGCAGAGGAAAGCUUAGAGACAGAUGGCCCCCGAUCAUCCAUGCCGGCUGAGCUCCACCAUCCUCAUUCCAAGUACUCUCAGUGGAAGUUUAAACUGUUCAGAGUGAAGUCCAUUGAGAGGGCCCCUGCUCCCAGUGAGAUGCAGCCAGAGAACGAAGCCAUGGCAGGCAUCUGUAACCCGAGUAUGGCGUUAGAUAACGGCGUGAGUCCAGGUUGUGUCAAGGAAAAUGUUAAAGGGCCUGGCCAAAAAAUGGAUUUGAGGCUAGAAGAAAUGGAAAACCACAUGAACCAUCUCAGGUGUCUGUGCCGCCUUUGUGGAACCACUUUAAGAAAAGUCAAAGGCCCAGUCUAUGAUGUCCAUGCAGCUUUGGAUGACGAAAGCAGGAAUUCCCUUCGCAAAAUGGGCUGCUUGUCAACAAAAUGGCCAGAUGUCAUUCUUAAAGUCUUCAAAGUGAAUGUGAGACAUGAUACAGAAUCCGUCCAUCCUCUUUCCUUCUGCCAUCGCUGCUGGACAAUAGCCAUGCAAGGAGGGGGUGUUUGCAAUUUAUCCAGGACCAAUGUCCCAGAAUGGAAACCUCAUUAUGCCCUCUGCCACAUUUGUUCACCCACGAAACAUUUGUACCAGCGGAUGGGAAGAAAAAGGAUCAAAGUCACUCCCAGGGCCCACUGCUUAGGGAAAAGAAUAAGGUUGGACCAAGGCCACAGCACUGUCAGCGGUGAGAUUCGGAUUCUGAGACCGUUUGGAGGCCAUCUUCAUGGUCCUGUGCUAAAGGGAUGGAGAAGUCCCAGUGUCCAAAGAGAUCACUGGGUGAGGACCAUCACACAUUGUCAGAAGGAGCACCUGAGUAGCAAGCUUAUGUCUGAGAAUCUCCCUGUUGACUUCUUCUGUUCUUUUACUUGCAUGGUGUGUGACCAUCUGCUCUCUGACCCAGUUCAAGGCCCCUGCGGGCACCUGUUCUGCCGCAGCUGUAUCAUAAAAUACAACCACAUUAUAGGACCUCACUGCCCGGCCUGCAACUUACCCUGUGCCAACAAUGACCUCAUUCUUCCUGCCAAAACUUUUUUGUCGGCCCUAUAUUCUCUUUUUUUGGUCUGCCCGAGAGAUGGCUGUGGCCGACAAGUAAGACUAGACUCAUUUAAAGCACACUGUACGGACCAUGAUCUGCAAAUGCAGGAUGCAACGAGACAUCAAUCAUCAUAUCUUGACAACUACCUGAUAACCAAUAAAGGAGGACGACCCCGGCAGCACUUGCUAUCGCUCACACGGCGGGCCCAGAAGCAUCGACUGAGGGAACUGAAGAAUCAGGUGAAGGCGUUUGCAGAAAAAGAGGAAGGUGGCGACCUGAAGUCUGUGUGUCUGACGCUGUAUCUGCUGGCACUGAGAUCUGGGAAUGAACAUCAGAAAGCAGAUGAGUUAGAGGUCAUGAUGCAAGGCAGGGGCUUUGCGUUGCAUCCGGCUGUGUGUUUGGCCAUUAGGGUCAACACUUUCCUGAGCUGCAGCCAAUAUCACAAAAUGUACCGGACUGUUAAAGCCACGAGUGGCCGCCAGAUCUUCCAGCCCUUGCACACUCUCCGAGCUGCAGAGAAAGAGUUACUCCCUGGUUUUGACCAGUUCGAAUGGCAGCCAGCUCUCCAAAAUGUGUCUGCAGCUUGCAACGUUGGCAUUAUUGAUGGGCUCUCUGGAUGGACUUGCUCAUUAGAUGAUGCACCAGCUGACACCAUCACUCGAAGAUUCCGCUAUGAUGUGGCUCUGGUAUCAGCAAUAAAGGACCUGGAGGAGGACAUUGUUGAGGGGCUGAGAGACAUAGGGAUGGAAGACAGUGCCUGUACCCUUGGUUUCAGUGUUAUGAUCAAAGAAUCUUGUGAUGGCAUGGGAGAUAUCAGUGAAAAACAUGGAGGGGGACCGGUUGUUCCAGAGAAAGCUGUGCGUUUCUCUUUCACCGUUAUGUCUAUUUCGGUUUUUCGAGGUGAAAACAACGAGGAGGUUACCAUUUUCACUGAGCCAAAGCCAAAUUCCGAACUCUCCUGUAAACCCCUGUGUCUGAUGUUUGCGGAUGAAUCAGACCACGAGACACUCACAGCUCUCCUAGGGCCAAUAGUUGCAGAGCGUAAUGCAAUGAAGAAGAGUAGGCUCAUCCUAUCCAUAGCUGGCCUGCCUCGAUCUUUCCGCUUCCACUUCAGGGGCACGGGAUACGAUGAGAAGAUUGUACGCGAAUUUGAGGGCCUGGAAGCCUCAGGCUCUACCUAUAUAUGCACGCUGUGUGACUCCAGUCGAGUGCACGCCUCUGAAAAUAUAGUACUCCACUCAAUUACACGAAGUCAUGAUGAGAACCUGCAUCGUUAUGAAAUCUGGCGAACCAACCCUUUUUCUGAGUCUGUAGAGGAAUUACGAGACAGAGUCAAAGGGGUCUCUGCCAAGCCCUUCAUGGAGACCCAAUCCACAUUGGAUGCAUUACAUUGUGACAUUGGCAACGCCACCGAGUUCUACAAAAUUUUCCAGGAUGAAAUAGGAGAGGUGUACCGAAAAGAAAAGCCCAGCAAGGAAGAACGGCGCAGCUGGCGGGCAGCUGUAGAUAAAGAACUGAGGCAGAAGCUAAAGCUCAAACCAGUGAUGAGGAUGAAUGGCAACUAUGCCCGCAAGCUAAUGACCAUGGAGGCUGUGGAAGUGGUGUGUCAGCUGGUUCCCUCAGAGGAGAGGAGGGAAGCCCUGAGGGAGCUGAUGAGGCUUUACCUUCAAAUGAAGCCUGUGUGGCGCUCCACCUGCCCAGCCAAAGAGUGUCCUGACCAGCUGUGCCGCUACACCUUUAACUCUCAGCGCUUUGCUGACCUCAUCUCCUCUACCUUCAAAUACAGGUAUAAUGGCAAGAUAACUAAUUACCUGCACAAGACUCUGGCCCAUGUUCCCGAGAUAAUAGAGCGAGAUGGGUCUAUCGGAGCCUGGGCAAGUGAGGGGAACGAGUCAGCAAACAAACUGUUCAGGCGUUUCCGUAAGAUGAAUGCACGUCAGUCAAAGGCCUAUGAACUCGAGGACGUCCUGAAACAUCACUGGCUUUACACCUCAAAGUACUUGCAGAGGUUUAUGGAGGCUCAUAAGGACUCCGCAAAAGCCCUGCUUGCAACCACUGACCCAGCGCAGACAUUCAGAACAGUGGAAUUAUGUCCCAGGAGCUGAUUGAUUGUUCUUAAUGUGAAAUUAAGCCUGAAGAUUUGUUUGAUUUUACAUUGGUAAGACUGAUGUCCCUACAUUGUGAACAAGUGAUUUAAUAAUCUCUUUAUUAUAUUUUGUGCUGUUUUCCUAAAACUUUUAUAUCAUACCAUAAUUCAAAAACUGCAUCAUCAUUAACUUUAAACUUACUUUGUUUAAGCCUCACUAAUCAGUAUUUCAAGACUGCUAUGUUUUAUGAAGUGUGUGUCUUACCCAUAACCUAUGAAUAGUGUCACACACACACUUUCAUUUGGUACUGGCAAAAUCUUUCUAAGCCAUGAUUUAUGGCUUAUUUUAUUGUAUUGUAAGGAUGUGACAUAUUUAUAGAGUGGAUAUUUAUGGAAGCAGAAGAAAAUGCUGUGAAUCAUCGGAUGGGAAAAUGUGUUUAGAUGACCACAUUUGUGGCCACUGUAUGUUGAUUUAAUUUUUACCUGAAGGAAAUGUAAUCACAUAGACUUUAAUGUUUUUUUUGUUUCACAGGUGCCUUUUGAAAAAUCUUAAUUUAUUGCUUUAUCCUGGCAUCCCUGUGGUAGGAUAUAUGCCAGGUCACUUUGAACUGUUUCUUUUUUGUGGACAUUAGAUGAUAGAUCAUACUUAUUAGACACCUUCACAUGAAAUAAAGCAUGUAGUGGCAUUUUUCAUACAUCCAAAAAAUGCAAUUUGUCCGACGUGAAGCCAAACACAGCCGAUUCCUUCACAGGGAGAUUUCUUUAGCUUGGUAUAAAAUCCAGCAGUCGGUUGGGUAAUAGUGGCUGAAGAUGGACGAUGGACAGAAGGAUGUUAUGUAAACCGAGUUUCUUUGCAACUUUAUUUGUUUGAUUGAUUGCGUUGCAUUUUCUUGUCCUUGACAUUUGUAGCUGUCUGACAAGCAAUUUAGUUGUUUUUAUUUGAUUUGAUUGACUGUUUGAUUCGGUUUUACUGUCAUGUGCAACCAUACACAGCAGAACUAAAAUAUCACCAUUUCCUGUCAUGGUUGUCACAGGCCUCCACAGACAUCAUGUUUUAAAAUGUUUUCUAUUGCGGCUUGUCUUGAAUUUGGAUUUUGAUAAACUAUAUUGCAUUUCCAAAGUAUUGGGUGAUGGAUGCUUCACAAACAUUUCCAUCUCAGCCUUCCUCAUUUUGUGCUUUCUGUUAACACUGAAUUUCAGAUAUUAGUUUGCACGCCGCAGAACAUUAUCUGUUUUUUUUUUUGAACACUUUUUUAAAAAAGUGUGAAUUUUACACAAAAUUAUCUGUGGAAUUCUCAUGUACCAUUAUUAAUGACUAAGUCUGUCAAAGUUUACGUGUUAAGGCAUGUGAUUAAUAAAAAAAAUGCAUUUAUCAUAUAUAAUCACCGGUUAAUCAUGCAAUUUGUUUUACUUCAAAGAGGUCACAUUAUUUUUGUUUCAAUUUUUAACACUUCAUUUUGGUUUUCAAAACAUGUCAAAAUUGGUGAACAUUUUUGCAUUGAUUUUGCUGUACAGACCCAUCUUCUCCUCAUAAAAACGGUUUGUUUUCAGAGGCGGGGUUGUUAGAUGGAAAUGAAGCCCUCCUUACGACGGUGACUAGGCUUUCGACCCUGCUCCGACAGACCUGUUUAGUAGUUGAUUUUUGUUUUGCUAAGAUUUUAUAGAAUAUGGACAUCGGUGAUCGCCACCCGCCUUGUAAUUUUUAUUUGACUUUCAACACAUCACAGCAUCCUAGAUGAUAUAGCGAGACCGUGUUUUGUUGUCUGCUCAUAGAGGAGACAACGCGGACAGAGAGAUAAAGGAAGGACGCCAGGCUGCAAAUCUGGUACGAGAUGCUGGCUAAUGGUCAACUUCGACUGAGUCCUUAGUCUCUCCAAUGCUAAAUCUUGGACGUAUGUAUGUGUAUAUUGCAAUAAAAAAUGUUUCUAUUCCA